CCGGUGUAAUUCGCAGCAAUCCGCAAAACAAACUCAAUAAUCUGUCAAGCAAUGGCAUUAAUGUGCGUCAAACGUUUUAUUCAACAAAAGACCAUUUCGAAUGUUCGUACUAAGGUAAAAGUAACGUUAGGCCACCCGUUGGACGUCGCUACCGGCAUUGAAAAAAGAGAACUGCUUGCGAUCAUGGCGGGCAACAAGCAUCCCUUUGACGAUGUUGGGAUGGAACGUGGCCCGGGUACCAAGGACUGUCCAACGGAAAUACCAUCCGCGUAUGACAAACGUAUCGUCGGUUGUCGUUGCAACGAGCACGUUUCGAGCAUUAGCUACAUGUGGCUUCACCGAGGACAUCCUAAACGCUGUGAAUGUGGUUAUUGGUUCAAGCUGGUUUACAAAGCACCCGUCUAGUGCUUUACUUUAAUCCGCAAUAACGUUGCUGUUAUACUUCAAUAAAAGUUAAAUUGAAUAAAAUUUUCGCCAAUUCAA